AUGUCAACUGCUAAUUCUAUUCCUACCAUGAAACCAACUCAGAUCUUUCAAGAAAUUCUUGGAAGUUCUUACUCAAGAAGAUUACUAUUUCAUACCCGUGAUCAAUCACCAACUCCGGCGCCAUCCGCACAUGUAGGUGAUAACAACUUUGAUGCAAAUGUUGUUAUGGUCCUAUCAGUCCUCUUAUGUGCACUCGUUUGUUCACUUGGACUCAAUUCUAUAAUAAGAUGUGCCUUGAGGUGCUCCAAUUUAGUACCAUCCGAAGUUGGUGACAACCACACAACAUUUCGCUUGACCAACACAGGAGUCAAACGAAAAGCCUUGAAGAGAUUCCAGACAGUAAGUUACUCUACUGAGUUGAAUCUGCCUGGCCUAGAUACCGAGUGUGCCAUAUGUCUCUCAGAAUUCGUAUCCGAAGAGCGUGUGAAGCUGCUGCCGACAUGCCACCACGGAUUCCAUGUCCGGUGUAUAGACAAAUGGCUCAGUUCACACUCGUCCUGUCCGACCUGCAGACACUGCCUCAUUGAAACCUGUGAGAAGAUUGCGGACUGCAGCCAAACUAGCUCUUCAAACUCUACUCAACCACCACAAGACAGCAUCGUUGUGCAAAUAGCACCACUAGAACCAGAAAGAUGGAUACGUUGUUUUAGGUGA